CGCCCACCUAUUAGUAAAUGCCUUGCAAGAGCGACUCACUAUAAAAGAGGGUGAUGCAACGCUUCAUCGGCAACUGUAGCUUUCUUAACAAGGCAGAAGAGCCUCACAACCAGGAGCAGAAUAAAGACCUUUCAUUUCUUCACUGAAAACAUAAUCAGUUUUUCAAAAUGAUGCUUCAGCAUCCGGGAUUCAGCCUGUCCGACAUCAGCGCGUCAGCCUUGGUACCCUGCCUGUCCCCGCCUGGAACACUCACGCUCGAGGACUUCACCAACUUCACUCCCCUGGUAAAGGAGGAGUUGCGACAUGCUAUCCAGAACAAGCGGCUGUCCAACGGACUGAGCACCGAUAUGAGCGACUGUGCGAGCUCAAGUUCAGACAGAACGUCUGAAGCUCCAAGUGUCAAGAGGGAGAAAAUCCCAGAGGAAAGUGACAGGAGGAAAAGAAGACGAGAAAGAAACAAAGUAGCUGCUGCCAAAUGUAGGAAUAAGAAGAAGGAGAAGACUGACUGCCUUCAAAAGGAGUCUGAGAUACUAGAGUCAGUGAACUCAGAGCUGAAGGCACAGGUUGAAGAACUGAAAAACCAGAAGCAGCAGCUGGUCUACAUGCUGAACCUCCACCGGCCCACAUGCAUCGUACGGGCCCAGAAUGGCCAGACCCCUGAAGAUGAGAGGAACCUGUUCAUCCAGCAGAUCAAGGAGGGUACCCUGCAGAUGGAACAGCUGGACCACCACCACACCUCAGUGCCAACCACCUGUGGCCAUCACUGAUCCACACACUCCUGGGGGAAGUAGGGUACUACUCACUCACUCACUCACUCAGACAGAUGCUCACUGUCCUCUGGCAACUGUACUGUACCUGCGUCAAGUGAAGGCUCUGUCGGGCCGGCAAAGGCGCUUUGCGCGUCCCACUCUUAAACUGGACUUGACAGCACAAGGACGGACACCCCGUGUGCUACCUAGGGUAGGCUUGUGGUGUUCCGGCAAGUCGGCGAAUGUCAAAGCACUAAAACAUAAAAAUGCAUCCAAUGUGUUUAUUGUUUCCUUAAAUCUUUUACAUUGUUUUUCGAGGCUGAUGACUCAUUCUGUUUUUUUGUACCAAGUAUUACGUCAAUGUGGUAAAGGCACAUGAUUCACUGGUCAGUUGAGAUAGAUGCUUGUUGAGGAAAAAUACGAUUAAAGUGGAGAGAUAGUAAUGGCUGUGUACUGUGUGACAUUAAGAGCCCUGUUAUUACUGUCAUAUAAGAGAAGAGGUUAAUCAUUGUGUGACGUGUUUGCUGUUGUGUUUAUUGAAUAUAUUCUGUCGUAGCUGUGUCUAUAGCUCACUUUAUUCCCCCUUGACUUGCCUAACAAAAACCUCUGAAGCUGCUACUACUAACUCAGGAUAUACAGGUAUAGUUCAUAUCAGAGGAACCCUCAUGUUAUAGGACAGUAAAGAGAGUGCAUGCAAUGAGGAUUCAUUCAGACAGCAUUUCAACUAACUUACUGACAAUGGCACUGUUAGCCCUGGACCUCCCUAAAUGAAAGUCAGUCAUUACAUCGCUGUAAACUGGUGUAUUUGGAAUAGGCCCUGAUUACAUAAUGAUCUGUAGUAUUGAAGAUAUGGUUGUGUGAUUUCGUAUUAGAAUUUCUUCACCUAGAUAAGUCUGUAGUUACUGUAUACCAUAUACGUAAACCAAAUAACACCUCCUAUUGUCUUCUGUGUAUUAUUGAGGCUUAUAAAAUAGACCCACUAGUUAUCAGUAGCUAGAUAUCUAAGUGGAAUUAUUUAUCACUCUGCUUGUCUGAAGUUUUCACUUUAAAGUCAUGGAAGAUUACAUGAAUUGCCUCAGUGUUCGUCUGCAAUUUGCUAAGUCCUUAAGCCCACUGCCAAACCAACCCCCCCCUCCCAUCAGUCCACUGUUUGUGCUGUGACAUCGUCACAGGUCAGUUGCACAACCAGAAACUCUGGUUAGCCUCAUUGCUCAAACUACAAAUUUUUGCGAUCAACAGUAGCUUUUGUCUGUAUAUUCUGUAAUGUCUCAAACUAAUCCAUGUGUGGUUUAUGGUAAGGGACUGUUUAUUUUGGUUGGUUUGUGAGUAAACGGUUGAGAUGAACACAAUGAAAGAGAUUCAGGUGUCCAUGUGUUUUGUUUUUAUUUCAGUGUUUCGUGUUCAAACAGGAAUGCUAGUCAUGGAUGGGGUCACUACUGAGAUCAUUAAUUUGAUGCCUGUUUUAUACUUCAAUACCUUUCUUGCUUUUCUAUUCCACCAUCCAUUUCUUUGUUUCACUUGAACAUUGUUCACUUAAAAUUAUUAAGUGUGUUUGAGUGGAUGUAAAAGAUCAAAUUAUAUCAAGUCAGGUAAAACUACACGCUGAAACAAAUUAAGUACUCAUUUCUAUUGUCUGUUUUUAUUUUUUGAUACUUUAUUAAUAAAGGUGUAUAUAUAUAUACUUCAA